CCAGGCUCAGGCAGCCACAGAAAGCCCACAGUACGGGUUCUGGCUGCACUGCAAGCCUCCGUCCCACUGUCCCCAGCCCAGAGCAAAGCAGACACCUGAAGCAGACACUGCUCCCCAAAAGCAGCGCCCAAAAAGAUGCUGGGGCAGGCGCCAUGGGCAAGGCUGUCUCCUCCUGGCCCUACCGUCCUGCUGCUGGCCCUCUGUGCUGUCAUGACCACUCAGGACAUUUGCAACUCCACACGUGAUGGUGACCUCACAGCUCCGGCCCUCUUCCUGAACACCUCUAGUGCUCAGGAAGGGGAAUCGUUUUCGCUUCGCUGUACCAUUGAUGGUCAUUCAGCCCCUACCCGAAUUGUAUUCUGCAAGGACAGGAUGGAGGCACACAGCCUGAAAGGGCAACUAGGAAAACUGAUCUACACCAUCACUCUGAAGGUCACCCAGGGGAGCGAGGGGACGUACAUGUGUGGAUACCAGCUCAAAGAUGACAACAACCGAGUAAGGAGCUCUGCCCUCAGUGCUGGCCGCAUCCUGCAUGUCCCCGGUGCUGGCGUGACCACCCAGGACAUCGGCAGCUCCCCAGGUCAUGGCAAUGCAUCCAAGUCCCUGGCAGGGCCAAUGGCUCCAGGCAUGGCGCUGGCAGUGGCAGCCAUCAGCCUCGUCCUCCUGGCUGCAGGCAGCUGGUUUGCCAUCAGGAAAGGUGCCUGCAGAGGAAGAUGCCCAAGGCCUCUCCAUGGUGCUGGUAAUGAUGAGGACUCUUCUGCUGACCCCAGCCAUUACUAUGCCAACAUGGAUGAGAUGGGCAGAGUGAAGGUGAGUUCAGCCCAAGCCCAUCCUUGCAGGCGGGCAUGCACAUGAUGGCUGCAAGACGCCAGGCUGUUGGAGAGCAAAUGCAAGCAAGAAGUGCAUCCGAUGGCAGGAGCCUGGGAGCUUCGCGUGGCUGUGCUCUGUCUGAAUCCCCCUCCUUCCAUGCUCCCAGCAUUUCCCCAUGGUGGGCACCGCCAGAUCAAGUCUACUGCUUGUUCUCCCUUGUGUUUUGCAGCUCUCUCAAUCCAACUGCUCUCAACACCCACUGAAUGCCUAAAGCUGAAAUGUGAGAAGUGUGAUCCAGCUCAUUCUCUGACAGAGGCAGAAAACACUGAGGAAAACCGUGCUGAUCUGUGAGCUGUGAAUAAAGUUAUCCCAAACAGGAAGGAGCUGGUGUAGUUCUUCUUGGCAAGGUCUGUCUGCAAGGCUCUUCACAUCCCUUCAGAUCGACACUACCACCCCUUUGUGUCUCGGUGUCUGUCUGUCUGCUCCGCCCCAUUCCAUGUGUGGCUGCAUGAGACAGAGGUACCAUCAGGAACACAAAGUCAGAGACGUUUAUCAGUCAUCUGAACAAAACCACAUCUGCAGUGCACACACCGGUUGGCACACACAUGUAAGUGCAUCCCUGCAGUGAUAUCUAUCCUUGUAGGUCCAAAUGUAUGUCUGUGUGGGUGCAUAGAAGAGCACACCCGUUACUUCAUAAAGCAACUUAGUUGUAUACAUAUUCCACUGUGCACUGGGAGAUGUUUUCUCUCACAGAAGAAAAAUCAGUACAGUCACAGUAUGAUAUGGUAUAUCUCAUAUAUUUUAGAGUUAUUAAUGUAUUGUAGGUGGAGGUGUGAGUCCUACAUCUUCUUGGCUAGACACACACAGCCCUUCCCUGUGAUAGCAAACUGCAAAGAAGCUUGAAGUGCACCCUCCAGCCCCAUGUUACAGCUGCACAAGUCCUCUGCAAGACAGCAAAGGCAGCCAUGGGCAAGGUUCCUGUGCCCUUGCCCUGUGGUAGCGCUAUCAGGUCUGGGUGCGGGUCACCGUGGCAUAUGUCGUGGUGUCGCUCAUCUGCUGCACGGGA